GCUAUUUUUUUUAUUACACAAAUUCGACUAAUACAUUAAUUAGGGGAAGUUAAAAACAAUUACAAAUUCCUAAAACACUACUAUGCCUCCUAAUCCUACCAUCUGUCAAUAAACCAUUUCUUCUCGUGGACGGUGCCUCGGUAUUGUAAUUUCCUAAGGCUUAAAAACAGACGCCAACUCUGUAGAAGAAACAGUCAUUUUUCUAAGGAAACUAAAAUAAAAUGAAACCCUAAACUCUUAACUUUCCCUUACCCUUCUUCAUUGUUAUUGCAACGCAGAAUGUCCCUUUGCGAGGGAAUUAGUAUUCCUCAGACAGUAUGCGUGGAUCAUUUUCUUCCCCCAGUUCCUCUAAUCUCUGAGUUCCUUGGAGAUCCUGUAACAAAUCCUCUUUCUUCUACGGACUCAGCCUAUCAAAACAUCGUCUCCGCCUCCUCUAACUUUUUCCCCUAUGGUCCUUCAGAACAAUGGGUUCAACCUCCGAUGGAGUUUCUUCCAUCCAAAAGGUCGAGGAGUUGCAUCCUCUCCUCCAUGCAGCCACCACGUGUGCCACUUCGUUUGGUCCACGUGUUUUUUAAUGGCAGUUAUUGAAUCCCCUUCGACUAUUACUUCACCAAAUCCCAUUUCUUCUACAAAGACAACCCCUUUGAGACAUGCAUAUGCUUCUACAGUUGUCAGAUCUCGGACAUUUUUGACCGGGUAAGCACAUGAACCCAUUAUGAGUCCAAUGUUGUUUCUAAUUAUUCCAGAGAUUACUUUAUUGUUUUGUAAUUGAAACGCGGUAUAAAAUUUACUUUGAUUUGUUCCUUUGUUGGGGGUUCUUAGUGGGCUUCCUUUCUAUUGUGCUUGCUUUCCAAUACUUCAUCUAGUAUGCUUAAUUCUGUAAUAUAUGCUUUGAUAAAGCCCACUAUGUCACAUAUCCUCUGUCGGAUACCUUCAUAGAAAAAUUUGCUCCUAUUAUGCCAUAUUGCCCAGAAUGAAACUGCUAAACAUGUACAUUGAUACGUGUUAUUGAUGUUAAAAGUCUCAGCUAACCAGAGUUUCCAUUCUUGAUUUUCAUGUAUGGGUGCGGAUAUCACUUCCAUCUGUUGGAGAACUUGUUCCACAAGAUUACAUUCUCGGAAGAUAUGGUUGACCGAUUCGUCUUCUUCACCAUAUAAUGGACAUAGAGCAUCAAACCUCAGCCUACGAGCCUUUAGGUUACUUAGUGUAGGCAAAUAAUUGUUUGUAAUUCUCCAUAAGCUGAUUCGUACCUUGCUAGGAACUUUUAGGCUCCAUAAUUUUGAAUAAAAUUUUUUGUUGGAUCUGGAUGUUUUGUAUUUUCAUAUCCCAGCAUGUUUUGUUCCUAUGUAAUACACUACUUGUAACCACUUUUAGCUA